AUGUCCCAUUUCAGCCUGAUCCCUUUAAUGCUCUGUGUGCUGCUAGCCCUCUUCUCAUGGUCCCAUUGGGGUGCUGAUUCUUUUGGGCUCAGUCACUGUAUCCUUCCCCCUACCAGACCGGGCUUUGCUCUCUGUACUGGCCGUGCCAUCUCCAACCUGAGUUCUGCCACCUCCCACCUGCCCAACUCCACGCAAUGGCUCAAUGCCUCCCACAACGAUGUGAAGCAUCUGACGUCUACGGCCUUUCUCCAACUUUCUCAAUUGUUGGAACUUUAUCUGGACCACAACUACAUAUCUGACAUUGAGUCUAAUGCCUUUCAAAAUCUGGGGAAGCUUGAGGUGCUUGAUUUGAGUUGGAACCAGCUGGCGUCUGUGGGGCCAUACAUGUUGGCCAAACUGAGCAGUCUUCGUGAGCUGCGUUUGGGUCACAACAAAAUUGCCAUGUUACAUCCCACCUGCCUCAUGUUCCAGAUGGCUCUCCAGGAACUUUAUCUUCCCUCUAACCAUCUCUCGAGUCUCCAAGAAGUGGCAACUGCCGUGAAAGGCUUGCUCAACCUCACUUACAUGGAUUUAGGUUUCAAUCAGAUCUCCACCCCAUGUAUGGGGCCUAGCAGGGUCACUUUCCCCAUCCUGAGAAACCUCAGCUUAAACAGCAACAACAUUUCCAGGCUGGACCUGUCAAAUUGCUCUUUUCCUAAAUUGCAACAACUGAACCUAACCCUUAACAACAUGUCACACGCGAAGGCUGAGUCAUUUCAAGCCACUCCUGUUUUGGUGGACUUGUCUUUGGAUAUAAACCCCCUAAACAUCUCUCAGCUUAUCAAUGUAUCUCUUCCUAACUUGACCAUGUUGCAUUUGUCCAGUAUGAAUCCAACAUUUAACAACACGGUGUCAACAGCUUGCUCUGUCUUCCAAAGUCUUCCGUCUUUAACCUCUUUGGACAUCAAGCAUUCCCAGAUGAAUUACUCCCAGCUGAGACAGUUGGGUUCCUGCACUAAUCUCACAUGGUUGGAUCUGUCUACCACAGGGUACAGGUACCUCAAUAAUGGAGCCUUCAGCACAUUUAACAACCUGGAGUUCCUCUCCCUGGACAAAUGCAAGGUGCUGCGUCUCAGUUCUAGUGCCUGGGGGAAGAACAUGCAAAUACGUACACUGAUCCUGAGGAGAAAUUCUAUUGGCCAAUUGGAGCAUUAUGUCUUUUCACAUUUGACAAAGUUGAAUUAUCUUGAUCUGUCAAAAAACCGCCUGACGAAUCUCGAGCAGCUAUCCUUUUACGGCAUGGAAGCGUUGAGGACACUCAUCCUACAGGGCUGCCAGAUUACGGCUGUAACCCGUGACACCUUCCAUUAUGCUCGCAAAAUGGAGUUCUUGGACUUGAGGGAUAAUAGCAUCCGAUUACUCAAGGAUCAAGCCUUCGUGCUGAAGCAUGUGAAGAUUCUCUUGCUUUCAAGAAACCGAAUCCUCACCAUUAAAACACAUGCUUUUGAUGAUCUCCACUCCAUGAGCUACCUCUCCCUGGAUCAUAACUUACUUUACAAGUUGUCUCACAGAAUCUUUGCACGCCUCAAAAAAUUGGAAACCUUGGACCUCAGUCACAACUGUCUCUUUACCUACAACAAAUAUGAUUAUUCAAGCCCCUUUGUUGACCUCCAGUCCCUUCGCAAGCUGGACCUUGGUUCUCAGGUUCCUAGAAAACCGAUUUGUCCCCCGGACAAACUUUUCCAUGGCCUGGGAAGUCUACAGUACCUCUCCUUGAAAGGCAACCCCAGUAUCUUGUUCCACAACCUCUCCUUUGUUAACCUGACUAGCCUGGAGUCCCUAGACCUCUCUGAAAUUGUUUCAGAUAAGAAUGACUCUUGGAAACUCCGUCCAGAUUUCUUCCAAGGGCUACAUAACCUAAGUCAACUUUGGAUAGAAAAUAGUGCCAUUAGGGACCUGCCCGAACAAGUCUUUUCUGAUUUGGCAUCUCUGGAGCAGCUCUCCCUGAGCAAGAAUAAUCUGAGGAACGUUAGCAAAAAGCUGCUUGGUGGACUCUCCUCCCUGAAGUAUUUGGAUGUCUCUGAUAAUUCCCUGACAUGCGCUUGUGAUAACGCAUGGUUCCAAAACUGGUCUGUAUCUGAACCAAAUAUCCAAGUGGCCUUCUUGGACUCCUAUCACUGCUUUGGCCCUGGGGUCAUUGAUCGUCUCUUUGUUGAUGAAGACAUGUCCUUCUGCUUUGAGAAUUGGGAAAUAUACUUCUUUGCUGUCACUACAGUGAUCACUCUGUUGUUCCUGCUUAUAAAUUUGGUUUAUGCCAAGUUUGGUUGGACCCUUAGGCAUGCUUACUACUUGCUGAGGGGCUGGGGCUAUGGUCAACUGCACCAGAAAGGACAAGACUACCAAUAUGAUGCCUACAUUUCUUGUUGCAGUCAGGACUAUGAAUGGGUAAUGAAGAAUGUUCUGGAAAAGCUGGAAAAGGAAGGAGAGCCCUACUUCCGGCUCUGUUUUGGGCCUAGAGAUUUUGCCCCCGGAGAAUAUUACAUAGACAAUGUGCAGAAUGGAAUAAGUCAAAGCUGCAAGACCUUAUGCCUGGUGAACAACAAUUACCUGGAGGAUGAGUGGUGUUCAUUGGAAAUCCAACUUGCUUGUUCUAAGAUCUACUACCACGGACAGGAUCCUUUGGUUGUAGUAUUUAUGGAGGAAAUCCCCAACUACAGGUUGUCUCCCUAUCAUCGACUGAGGAAAUUAAUUAAGCAAGACAGCUACCUCACAUGGCCUGAGGACCCUGAGGCUGAAGCUGUGUUCUGGACCAGAUUGCGUGAGGCCUUGGACAAUGGAGAACAAAAAGAAGAAGUCUUGCGAUUCAAUGUAAUUGAAUAACUGAUGGUGGGAAGGAACCUUAUUGGUACUGGCUGACCUAGAACAACAUGAACUAAAUGCGAUGGCAGAUGCCACAAUUGAUACCACCAGUUCUGAAUGCCACAAUAUUUUUCAAGUCUGGAUGCCUCAUUUUUUUUAAAACUAUGCUGCAUGAACGUUGCUGUGGAACAGUGACUUGUGGGGCUCACAUGGAUUGUCACAGAUGAUCUUUUGUUGUCUUCUAGAGAACAAAUUAUAGACAAGAACAAAUUAUAAAAAUAUGGAAUCUAGUAAGCUGGUGCUGAAUAGGUAGUGCCUUAAAAUUCACCAAGAAGAAUUAGAGACGAAUCAAGAU